UCACCUUCCAAAUUCCCACGCUUUUAUUUACUUCUCCUGCCCUUCUCCCCGUCGUCUCUAUUCAAAUUUAGGAUCCAAAUAAAGCAACCCACCCAACUCCGAUAAGACUUUAAAGAACGCCGCACCAAUCACUCAUUCACUGCCACCGCUACUACCCCAACCCAAGCUAUCAAACCAACGCAGGAACAUACACAAAGACCGAGGGAGGGAGAGAGAGACAGAGAGAGAAUGGUCGCCGGCAAGGUGAAGGCCGCCAUGGGGUUCCAGCGUAGCCCUGCUGCGGCGCCCAAGGCUGAGAGCGCUCGCUGGACCUCCUCCGCCUCCGUUCCCCACAAGUCGUCUCCGGGCUCCGCCGGCCAGCGAGCGCCGCCCACUCCGCUUCCAUCCUCCAACCCCAAGACCGCCGCCGCAUUCGCCCGCUCCUUUGGGGUUUACUUCCCGCGGGCCUCCGCGCAGGUGCAGCCCCGCCCGCCCGACGUCGCCGAGUUGCUCCGCGUCGUGGAGGAGCUUCAGGAGACGGAGUCCAGGCUCCGCGCCCAGCUCAUGGAGCAGAAGAUCCUCCGCGAAACCGUCGCCGUCGUUCCGUCCCUCGAAAAGGAGAUCGCACAGAAGGACGAUGAGCUCGCUCGGGCCGGCGAACUGAUACGGCGCCUGGAGGUUGAGAAGCGCGCGCUUCGCGACGAGGUCGAGGGUUUGAGCUCCAUGAUACGGAGCGGCGAAGAGGAGGGCCGACGGAGGGAGAAGAUGAUUGCAGACUUAGAGGCAACGUUGGAGGAGCUGAGGAAGAAGACGGUUUUAGAACACGGCAUUCGCGAGUCACGGCCUGUGGUAGAAGGGGAGGAGGACGGGUGCUCCUCGGCCCAGCGGCUCCAAGGGCUCAUCGACGCCUCGGUGAGGUCGAAUCUACUCAAAAACCUUCGAAAGGGCCCAAAAUCCGCCGACAUUGCCGGUCACGAUCAAGGCGCCCAAAAGUCUGCGAGCGGAGAUGAAACGAAAGCCGAAGAGGUGCAUCAAGAACAACGAUGCUGUGAGAAAGAAGAGGUCUCCAACCUCCGACUUCCAAGAGUUCCGAAACCGCCCCCCACGCGCACCAUCACCUGCAACUCCUCCAUUUCAUCACCGGCGCUGUCUUCGUGUUCUUCCUCCGAAACUACACAAAUUAUUUCGACGAGCAAAGCCCCCAAAUUGGCGGCACUGCCGCCAAUUCCACCCCCGACUCCACCGGCGGGGCCUAGUCCUCAUACCGGAGUGAGACCGCCUCCCCCUCCGCCACCACCGCCGAAGAGGGGGUCCAGGUCGGCCGCGGCAAGCGUGAGGCGAGUGCCGGAGGUGGUGGAAUUCUACCACUCCCUGAUGCGGCGAGAUUCCAAGAAGGAGUCCAGCGGUGGAGGCCAAGAAGUAGUCUCCAUUGUUGCCGCCUCCAAUCCACGCGACAUGAUCGGCGAGAUCGAGAACCGCUCUUCCCACCUCCUCGCCAUAAAGACGGAUGUGGAAACGCAGGGCGACUUCAUCAAGCUGUUAAUUAAGGAAGUAGAGCACGCGGUGUUCGCCAACAUUGAAGACGUCGUCGCCUUCGUCAAAUGGCUCGACGACGAGCUCUCUUUCUUGGUGGAUGAGAGAGCAGUGCUGAAGCACUUCAACUGGCCGGAGCAUAAGGUGGAUGCCAUGCGCGAGGCUGCGUUCGGCUACUGCGACCUCAAGAAGUUGGAGUCGGAAGCGUCGUCUUUCCAAGACGAUCCUCGCCAGCUCUGCGCUCCCUCCUCUCUCAAGAAAAUGAAGGCGCUGCUAGAGAAGCUGGAGCAAGGCGUAUACAACCUAUCACGUCUCCAAGAGAAUGCGACGCAUCGGUACAAGCGAUUCGGCGUUCCUUGCGAGUGGAUGCAGGAGAACGGAUGCGUUAGCCAGAUAAAGCUAGCUUCGGUGAAGUUAGCAAUGAAAUACAUGAAGAGGGUCUCCACUGAGCUGCAGGUUAUUGCUGGCAGCCUCGAAGAAGAAGAGCUCAUGCUGCAAGGUGUUAGAUUUGCUUUCAGAGUACACCAGUUUGCAGGAGGCUUUGACGCUGAAACAAUGAGAGCCUUCCAAGAGCUCAAGGACAAAGCUCGGGUUCUACUUUUGCAGAGCCAAAGCCAGAACCAGCAGAAGCUUUACGCAGGCUUACAAAUUGGCAAGUUCGCAGCCAAGCAACCAAUUCUGUAAAGUUGGCUAUAGUCACUUGAUUGACAAACAAUCCAGGGGCGAAGGUUCAAUUAAUUCAAACAAAGUGAUACUCCAUGCAUUCAAUUUUAUCCACUUUCUCGCAUGUGACAUGCAGUUUCUUCGUUUAAUCUAAAUUCUUCUCCAAACUUUUCAAUUA